AUGUGCUCGCCCGAUCUUUUUCUCGGGCUGCUGGCCAUCCUCUUUCCGCCAAUAGCAGUGUGGAUUAAAGUCGGGCUCUGCUCUGCAGACUCGCUUAUUAACAUCGCUCUCUGCUGCCUGGGCUACGUUCCUGGUCUCCUUCAUGCUUGGUAUAUCAUCCUGAAAUACCCCGAAGCCGACGACGAGUAUCCAGAUGGAUACCAGCCCAUUGUUGGCGGUACACAUCACGAUCCUGAGCGAGUGACAUACUACUACGUUGCACAUCAUCGUCAAGGUGACCAUGCGCCUUGUGGGAAUCAUUCGAACCAACGUUCAUAUGGUACUACGCAAAACGCUGCCCCCGAAGUGCCUCACGCUUCUACAAAACCAGGCCCCCCUGGACCUCCCCAGCACCCUUCCCAACAGCAGUUUCCAGCUUCCUCUGGAAACGCAGGGCCAGGCUCCAGCUCUCAACCUCAUGACGAGCAUAGGGCACCCCCAACUUACGCAGAGGCCGUGAAGGGAGACCACAAGAUUCAAACCUGA